UUCGGCAAUUUCUCUCUGUACAUCACACUCUCUCAUCUUCCUCCAAACUUCAAUCCCAAAUUCGAAAAGUACAAAAUCCCGCCUUUCGUCUUCUUCUAGAAAACCCUAACGACGGUGCAAUUGAAAUCGACCACAAUCUCCGUCGACCGGAAACCAUACCGGUUAUCUCAACAUCUUCUUGACCUAAUUCUUCGUUUAAGCAGAUCCAGAUUUUCACAGAAACCAACAUUUCGUAUUGAAAAAUGGAACCUUAUAUAAGCAGAAGAGAUGAUUUUGUUAGAGGAAUGAAACAUAUAGAAGAAGACCAUGGAGGUGGUGGCAGUGAUUGUGAACUGGAUCAACUCUUCCUUGUACAUUCUGAUAUUAGAUCUGUUCUUCUCCAGAUUGAUGAGCUUGUUGUUGAAGCCACAAAGCGAAAGACCGUGACCAAACACGGGUUAAGAGAAGUUGAAUCUUUCAGAUCUGUGUUGUCUGAUAUGCUUUCCUCACUAAAGCCAUGGUUUCCUCGAUUGGAAGAAGCGAUGUCUGAUUUUCAGUUGCUUCCGGAGGAUAAGGAAGGACAGUCUUUGAUGAGGACAAACGAAGAAGAAGAUUUGUUUGAUGUUGAGAGUCCUGAGCCUACUCAAUUUGAGCCCUUAGUCUCUCCUUCUCCUCUCGUGCAUUGGCGUGGUGAUCAUAACGCAGACAAGGGUAGACAACUCUUUCUUUUGACACCACUACCCUUAGGAAAAUCUGAAUUCCUUAAACAUCAGAAUGCGUCUAAGCUGACAGCUAAAAGGAUUUUCCCAGACGAUACUGCAAAUAAAUCGCUUGAAGCUUCUAAAGAAACAAGUGAUGAUGUUUUAGGAGGUGAGUUGAUGAAAACUGCAGGACUUGGUAACUCUUUAGGCCAUGCCAUUGAUUUCUCUGAAAAAUUGGUAGAGUAUGAGCCAUGUUCUUCACCAGUUCUCAGGAGAAAAAUUCAGUCUGAGCUUCUAAUGACACCUUGCUUGAAGAUGUCUCUUCCGAAAUCGUGUACAAUGUUUAAACCGGUUCCUGAAACUUCUCAACUGGUAAAGCAUGGGGCUUGUAAGUCUACCUGCUCUGAACUGGGAGCUAGCACUUCUAAUGGUUCACAGAGCUCUGGAUCCUCUGGUAUUGAAACAACAGACAACCUCUGCUCGAAGUAUCCUGAGCUCUUGGGAAUGCAACAUGCUCCAAUUACACGAAAAACGGAUCUUGAAUCCUCGCCAGUUUGGUGGUUUUCUCCUCCUAAAACAUGUGUUUUAAUGGAGCCUUUGAAUGAGAAGAAACCGAUUGAUGAAACUGGUGGAUCCAGAAUGGUAUCCUCAUUUGAUUUGCCAAACAUUAAAGCAAAACACACUACAGACGGAAGCAUGUCAAUGGUGGUUGAGAGUACUCCAUUAUUUAAAGAACCAGAGAGCAUAAUGACGAAAGCAGGUGAGAAUACUCUGAAGAAAGAGCUAUGGACAAGAUUUGAAGAAGCAUCAAUUCAUGAUAGUCGGUUUAGUUCGAUGACAACAACAACGAUGAGAGGAAAUAAGCAGAAAGAGUUCAUGGAAAUGUUAGAGGAAGUGAGUGGCAAUGAGGAAAAUCAGGAGUUAAAUUUAUGAUCAAAGCACUCACUAUAUGAAAAGUAAAGAAUAAACUUUUUCGUUUGUAAUUUUGCCAAUUUUACUGUUCAAUAUUUUUUUUACUAUAUGGUGGCUUGUGACUAUGUUAGAAGACAAUAGAAAUGAGUGGAAAUAGAAUAGUGAAAUUUUGAAGAUUUAAGAUUGAAA